GCAUUUUGAAAAGACACGAGCCCAGGUAUACUUUUUCAUCUGUGUCUCGAUGUAUCGCAGCUAUCUAGCAAGGAAAUCGCCUGCAGCUCUGUAGAUGGUCACAAUGGUCUUGAAGAGGUUCCAUUGCGGGAUAUGAAAUACGAGACAUGCACCUGGCUGCGCAACAAUUAUGACUCAAGGUCGAUCUGACAGGGCAUGUCUUGCUUACGCUCUCGGUGUUUUCGUAAGUGAUGGAGGAUGCAACUUCUCUAACAACACACUCCCGCCAUGAACGCGAAAAAGACUCAAAUCGAUGAGUUUGACGAGCAUGUCCUCCUCAAAUAUUCGCACCGUCCACACUAUAUACUCAAGAGACUGAUCCCAGUCAAUGAAGCCGACGCUCUAGCAGCGUCGCAGAUCAAGCGUGAACAUGGUAGCUCCUCUCUAGGAUCUCUGGACGACCUACCGCGUGAGCUGAUCGAUGAGAUCUUGUGUCAAAUGGACCUGCAAUCGCUCGCACGUUUGUCACAAGCUUGUCUACGCGGCAAGAAAGUGGUCGACGAGCUCCCUGCGUACAACCAAAUCGUCUCCAGCGCAAGUCACAUCUUUGCAACCCUUACUCGCGUGCAGGUGAUCGGGCUUCAUUCCGUCGCUAAACUUCACGCUACUUUACGGUCAGAGUCGUGCAUCUCCUGUGGGCAAUUUGGCGCCUGUUUGAUCCUGCUAUCCUGCGAAAGGUGCUGCCAUGCCUGUCUCGCAUACAACCAAUCUUUGUGGAUGAUCACAGCUGAACGAGCGCGGAGCUGCUUCGGCUUGACGGAGGAGCAGUCCCUAUCACUGCCAUAUAUGCGAAGUGUUUCCGGCCCAUACCCCUAUCGAGGCAUCAAUGCCAAUCUCAGCCCAACACUACUCACGAGCGUGCGGGCGGCUAAACUUCUGGCAAAUAAGAUGCGGAGUGGCGUCGGCGAGGCAUUGAUAGGAGAGGUCGCCACUCUUGGCCUUGGUCCACUGGACAAACGCAUUAUUGAGGCAAACUGGUUGCGGCGCGCUCCAUUAGAACCCCUCCGGUAUGAUCCAUUGGUUUUAUCCACAAGAAACCGGGACAUGCCGCUCAACCCUUGGAGAGGCAUGGGCGCCAUCUACUUUCCCCAACUUACCGCGAGCGGGUCGUUGGAGAAUGGGUUGUGGUGCAAGGGUUGCACCGUUGCGAGUUGGUCAUGUCCAUUGUCAUUGAUCGACGAGGAGAAUAUUCCACCGGGUGUCGUCCCUGAUGACUGUGCACGGCAACCAUUCCUACGAGGCCUAGAGUAUCGUGCCAGAACAACCGCUGGGUUCAUAGAGCAUGCUCGACUUUGCCCAUGGGCGAAUGACGAAGAGAUUGGGAAGUUCGCGCAACACGUUCCCGAACCUUUUUUCGCAUGCAAGGAACCGUGUCCAUUAUGUAAAUGAUGAUUCAGCUGGCCUGCUGUGUUACAAUAUGGCCCGGUGUCAAUCAUGGAUGAUGAUGUAGAAGUUUGAUGCGUUAAAUACGUUCAAAUGUACGAGGAUCUCGAGUGUAAUGCAUGCGCCACGCGUGACCCAGGGCCAAACAGUCGUUGUGGAAGACAGAUACUGAGUGGAUUUCUCCUCGAAGGUCUCAUCUUUAGUGUCCAGUAUAGAGCGACACGCAAAUUGAGACUAUAAUGAAGCACCACAGGC